AUGUCUCAAAGGACGUUAAUGGGUGUUGUGCCACUAGAUUUUGGCACCUCCCUCAUCGGCUCAGGCGAUCCCGUAGCCAUAUUAUCUCCACCAGUCGACUCCUUAGCACGUGAUUCAAGAGACUGGGUUGCUUGCCACACUAGGAUGGACAUUAAACCUUCGCUUGCAGAUGCUGAGAGUGUGCGCCAGACCAUCAUGGAGGAAAUACCUCCCAGAAACAAACGACAUAUGUUGUUGUUCUUACAGCCAAAGUCAGCAGAUAAUGACUGUGAGGUGAUUUCUGUCAAGUUGAAAACAAACAAUGAACCAUUUGUAGCAUCCAUUCUCAAGCACUUUCAGUGCUCCUUUAACCACUCAAGCUUGAUGGUUGGGUUUAAUAACUAUGGUUUGGUCCACUUCUCCAUUGCACCUGUGUUGGCCACAUUGGUAGUUGUAAAUCCAAGUGAAAUAAACGCAGGGAUGCAGAAGCGAGUGGCACCAAGUACUGAAAAUGAGUGGUGGCAGGGACAAACGAGCAGGGACAAGUAUAGACACACCAGAUCAGCAAACUUCUUUGGCCAAGCCCGUCCGCCUCAGAAUCCAGAAAACCGAAGUCUGAAAUUUCAAUCUGAAGGAACGAGAAGACAAAUCUCACCACACAUCAGCCUUUGGUGCUGCAGUUCAAAACACCAAGUACCGAAUGGCAGCGACAAAGCAAGUGUAUAUAACCGCAGCAGUUGCAGCAUUUUCACGAUGCCCACAUCCAAGCUAAUCGCAUCAGCAGAGACUCGAUGGUUAGGUGGCCCACUACGGCCUUGCAAGGUUGUGGGAGUCUCACAGGCGCCUGUUUCCAAAUACUGCACUUGUGAAAAGCGAGAGGUCAGCGAGAGGUUGUGA